GCAACCAACCCUGCUGUGGACCGACUCCUGCAGCUGGCUAAGCGAAUCAGAGGAGCUGUGGAACAUCUGCCAUAUCUCGCAGAUAACACUCCUUAUUCUGUAUUCAUACCCGUCAUUCUUUGCGCUAUACGCCAUGUAUUUUCUCCUCCAUAGAUCUCUCGGCACCCUGUUCUGCUUUCUCCUUUUCCUCGGGAUUUAAGCCUACUAGCUGUUUUCCCCUCUAUUCUCCUCUAUCACUGCUGACUCCUCCCUCCAUUGCUCUCAUACUCCCUCACUCACUCGCGAACACACUUGAACACAAGCACACAUACAUGCGCGCACACACACAGAUACACACACCCUCCUCCCCCAUCGCUGCAGUGUCUCUUAACUGCCUUGGAGCUAACAAGAGGGGAAACAGCACACCGACAAUUAUAAGAGGAGGAGAGAGCACGACACAACGAAAGAGUACCAGUGAAUGAGUGCAUGUGUGAGAGAAGAAUCACGCGGAUCUGAGGAUGUUGGUGAUUCAGGACUAAGGGGACGGAUCGCGCGCUCCCUCUGCCUCCCAAACGAAUGUUUGUCUGCAGUGUUGCUGGUGAAUGGACGGCAAGCAGUAAAACGGAACAUGGGCCUUUAGCUGCCUCACUGGUUUAUGUAAGCAGGACGAUCUAGUACACAGACGGCCAAAACGUCUACGAGUCUACGAGAGCUAAGGUCUGACAUUUCAUUGGACGGAAAGUGUCUGAAGAAAAUUAGGGAGAGAUUGACAAUAGAUGAAUCAGUCACAGAAAUACAGUGAAGAACACUGGACGCCAUGAGGGAGGAGAGUGAAGGAAUCUUACGGUUUCGACUUUCUCUCGAUGAACAUUGACAAAUCCACUUAUAAGUCCUCUGAUAUGAACCCCAAGUCCUUGGGAUCUGGAAUGAAAACACGGCCUUAUCCUAGGGCCUGAGUGGGUCUUCCACCAUGUCAUGGUAGCACUGAACAGCAAAACAUCAACCCUUAAAAAAAUUGUGAACUGUAGACUUGGACAAUGCAUGUUGUUUAACGCUAGUUUGAAAUUGGUUUUCAGCAAAAGUGUCCUCUAGUAUCAGCUCUACAGCAUCACCAUAUCUUUUUACAUUGCAUACAUUUACCAUCUACUCACCCACUUCCUGGGAUUACCAGCUCAAAUCCAGGUGCAGUCAACCAUGGGGUGCCGGCAGAGUUCGGAGGAGAAGGAGGCAGCCCGGCGCUCACGGCGCAUUGAUCGACACCUCCGCUCAGAAAGCCAACGGCAGCGGCGUGAGAUCAAACUUCUGCUGCUCGGCACCAGCAACUCUGGCAAGAGCACCAUCGUGAAGCAGAUGAAAAUCAUCCACAGUGGAGGCUUCAACCUGGAGGCCUGCAAGGAAUACAAACCCCUCAUCCUUUAUAAUGCCAUUGACUCACUCACCCGCAUCAUCCGUGCCCUUGCCACCUUGAAGAUUGACUUCCACAAUCCCGAUCGGGCUUAUGAUGCAGUGCAACUCUUUGCCCUUACUGGGCCUGCUGAGAGCAAGGGCGAGAUCACGCCAGAGCUCCUGGGGGUGAUGAAACGCUUGUGGGCUGAUCCAGGUGUUCAGGAAUGCUUUUGCCGUUCUAAUGAGUACCACCUAGAGGACAAUACAGCCUAUUAUCUAAAUGACCUGGACCGCAUUUCUGCACCUGAGUACAUCCCAACCGUCGAGGACAUUCUGCGCUCACGUGACAUGACCACUGGCAUUGUUGAGAACAAAUUCACCUUCAAGGAGCUCACCUUCAAAAUGGUGGAUGUGGGUGGCCAGCGUUCAGAAAGGAAGAAGUGGAUCCACUGUUUCGAGGGUGUGACUGCCAUUAUAUUCUGUGUGGAGCUCAGUGGCUAUGACCUAAAGCUUUAUGAAGACAACCAGACGAGCCGUAUGGCGGAAAGCCUGCGUUUGUUCGAUUCCAUCUGCAACAACAACUGGUUCACCAAUACCUCGCUUAUCCUCUUCCUCAACAAGAAGGACCUGCUGGCCGAGAAGAUCAAGCGCAUUCCACUGACGGUCUGCUUUGCUGACUACAAGGGGCAAAACACCUAUGAGGAGGCGGCCGUAUAUGUGCAAAGGCAGUUUGAGGACCUCAACCGCAACAAGGAGACCAAGGAAAUCUACUCACACUUCACUUGCGCUACUGAUACCAGCAACAUCCAGUUUGUGUUUGACGCGGUGACGGACGUGAUCAUCCAAAACAAUCUCAAGUACAUUGGGCUGUGCUAGGACGAGGGGACGGGGGAGAGGGACGGCGGGCGAGGCAUACGGAAAAAACCCUUGGCGAACGUCGAGGCCCGUCCGACGAACGUUUUGAGUGCCCUCAAAAACGCUUGUUGAAACAGGAAACUCACAUGAGGCCCAGAGGAAAGGGCUACAUGCUGCCAUCCUGCUAGAUUUAUCAAUGUCAAAAGCGUAAAGGUCAAAGGGGAUUUUACAAGGUUGGUAUAGAUGUGUUUGCACUGAACAUAUGAGUAUGUAGACACACACACACACACCAUCGUUACGUUUGUUCACACACAACGGACUUCGGGAUCAGCUGUCAAGCACAUGUUUGACAUGGAAACACUGGAAACAGAUCUCCUCGCUCCUCUCUUCCCUGACAAACAGCAGGAAUUCUUUAACGUCCAUGAAAGGAAUAGUUCUCCCAAAAAAAUAUGCUCAUUUGCUUAUGCCAUUCCAAAGCUGUAUGACUUUUUUUUCCAGAAUAUUCAGCAGAAUACUCAUGCUGCUCUUUUACAUACAGUAGUGAAGAGUAAAUAUGACCAAAAACACCAGAAAAGUAACUUUGCUUUUAAAGUUUUACUUGUGUGCUUAUUAGACUAACAAAUUUGGUGAAGUUACACAUAUUACAGUUGAACCAUGACACAAGAUAAUUGACACAACGAUUUAACUUUUAAUUUGACCUUACAAAGUGCAAGUUUUAAAAGUGUACAGAAAUGUCAUGAAAGUCUACCCUCUUUAAGUACACUUAAGUGAACUUUUAUUAAAUUAAUAUUAUCUGCAAAUAUCAUUUUUUAUUUAUUUUAUUUAAUAUAUUUGAAGUUAAUUCUUUACUUAAGUCUUUGGGUCUGUCCCAAUAACCAUGUCCCAGUAAGUUAUUACAUAUAAUUUGGUAAAAAAAGGCUUUCCAUCGCUUCAUUUGGGGUACCAAACUGUAAAAUUGUAUUGUCUAUUACAUAUGAUCUACAGAACAGACAUUUAGAAGUUUAUUUGAAAUGUGCUAAAUAAUGAAAAUGUGUAACUAAAGAUUUGUGGGGAUUUCUCUUUGAAUGACAUGGUUUCUAGUUGGUUUCUUAGAGUCCAACCUAAUGUCCUCUCAUGUUCUUCUGUUCAUACAAAUUAACUGUUUUUGGCCCAUUUUUCAUCCAGACUGUAAUCCUGAUGGCUUAGAAAAGCAAUAACACACUGUUCCUCAAUAAUAUUAUUAAAUCUUAAAUAUUAUAUUAAGUCUUAAAGCUAUAUGUACAAUUUGUGCAUUAUAAUUGGUUAACACAAGUAAGCUCUGUCAUGGCACAUCUUAAGCAUGAAUGAGAUUAAGAGAUUAUCAGUAAAUAGCAACUUAAAUGUGUUUUUACUAUGUAUAUGUAUUGUAUGAAAUUUGCAAUAUAUAUUAUAUAGACUGCUACUAUAGAAUUUAUUUUGCCAUUUUCGGCACUUAACAGCCCUUGGUCAUCAUGCACUGUCACUGAGUGGAAAAGAGCAGCGUAAACAUUCUGCUAAACAUCUCUUUUUGCAUUCCACAAAAGAAAUAAUGUCAUACAGCUUUAAAAUGACAUGAGGCUGAGUAGAUGAUAAAAAUUGUAUUCUAGGUGAACUGUUCCUUUAAGUUUUGUCUUUCUUUAUAGGGUCUUUGAUUUGCCUGAUUUAAGUAAUGCUGCUUUCGGAGAUAUAAAGAGUUUAUAUGAAAAUAGAAUUGUAUAUGAGAGGUUAAACGUAUCCUGAGAGAAAGAAAAACAACAAAAAAAAAUCAUGAUGUCAUUUGGUUGUGCUCCAAAGGUGAAAACUGCCGCUGUCUGAACAUGGAGUCAAAUGACUUUUUAACUCACAUUCACACUGUAGUUUAUUUUUGGCUGUCUGACCCCUAUGAAUCAAUCAAUUUUCUUGUUUCUUUCUAUUCUGUUUUCCCAUUGCCUAAAAUAGGAUGUAAUCCAGAGUUUUUAGAGCAAGCAUCCUUCUUUCCAUGAGAGUGUUACACUGACGUGAGCAUUAAGUGUUUCAUAACGUUCAUUCCAGAUUCAGAGAAAAAUAAACAGUGCCAAUAUCAAUGUAAAUAAAAAAAGGCCCGUCAAUCAUGUCACUUUUUCGGUUUUUAUGGACAAAAAAAGUAUAUAUAUAUUGUAACAUUAAAUAUGCAUGAAUUUGUUACUUUGGGUUUUUGAUAAAUUAUAGUUUGAUUUGCUUUCUUAUAUUUUUAGUUUUACUAACAUGCUCCAAAAAUAUAUCAAAGUCAAACACUGUGUACGAUUGUACAGUUGUUUCCUGCGAGGUAUUUAUUGAAAAGAAUUUUAUGUGCAGAAAGAGUCAUUUUACGUCCAGCGCAACCUAAACUCAGCACGAAAACAUUAAAAGAGUAUUUACUCCUUAAAUUUUGAUUGAAUCAGAAAGAGAGAGAGUAAAGAUAAUCCAUAAAAGAGCAGAAUCUUUCUAUUCUGGUGUUAUUUUAAGUGGCGGUUGUCCACUGUAUGUGUAAAUACUAUGUGAGGUACACUUUGUGAGACAAUGAAAAAAAAAAACUAAAUCACUUUUUAAGAUGUAACGCUGAUUGACAGAUUAAAGGGGUCCAUUCCGCUCCAGUCCUCCUUCUGUUCAGCUAUGACGAUGUACAACAAACCCAAAUAAGGGCUUCAGGAUUGAAUUUACAGGAUGUCCACCAAAAAAAAGAAAGAAAAAGAAACAAAGAAACAAAUAAUAAAGUAUAAAAGAACAAUAAUAGUGAAUAAAAAUAAUUAUGCAAAUUUUUUUGUGCUGCAGGUUUGUUUCUUGUGUUGGGGUGAGUGAGGCUUCAGCAACUCUUCGUAAACUAAGUUACCAAUAAUUGCUUGUGUUUGACACUUUUUCCACAUAUACGGACGUAUUUAUUACAGUUUGAUAUUUUCUACAAUGCAAUCCAACAGUAAUGUUUAUGUUUAUUCAAACAUUUAUAAUAUAACAUCAAAAUUGUCACCAAAAUAUCAAAUUGAAAGAAAUUUGAUUAUUUUUAAUAGUAUUUAAGGAAUAGUUCACCCCCACCCAAAAACUAACAUAUCCUCUGGCCAUCCAAGAUGUUGAAGAGUUUGUUAAUUUAUUGAACAGGUGGAUCCUCUGUAGCGAUUUGGUGCUGCCAGAAUGAGAACUAAAACAGCCGAUAAAACAUCAAAUUAAUUAUUUGUUUUCACCUAAAUGUUUUUAACCAUUGCUUUUGGCUAAAAUACAAGUCAUAUAUCCAUUGCUGUCUCUAGUGAGGUAGUCAUCUAAUCUGAAAUCUGAGAGCAAUAUUCACAGAUCAAGCACUAUUUACAAGUGAAAUCAGUCCAAACAUGGCUUUUUGUGUAUUUUAAUGUAAAAGGACAAGAGGGACUUUUUCACUGGAUAAAACAUUAUUUUGAUUUAAAAUUAAAAUGCCUCAGUUUCAGAUUUGGUUCAUACAAAAAAGCAGCUUUUCACUUCAUAUUAUUGCGGUGCUUUUAUCGGCUGUUUGGACUCUCAUUCUGAUGGCACCCAUUCACUGCCAGAGGAUCCAUUGCUGAGCAUGGAGUGAUGUAAUGCAUCAAUCCAUUGUAUAUACAUACUGAGUGAUGGAAUGUACUUCCAAAUCUGUUCUUAUGAAGAAACAAACUCAUCCACGUUUAUAGCACAUUUUUGAGUGAACUAUUUGUCUAACACUUUUUGCACUGUGACAUUUUCAUGACAAUUAAAACAAAUUUGUGACCCUGGACCACAAAGCCAGUCAUAAGCAACACAGGGAUAUUUGUAGCAAUAGCGAACAAUGCAUUAGGUGGGUCAAAAUUGAUUUUUCUUUAAUGCCAAAAAUCAUUGGGAUAUCCAGUAAAGAUCAUGUUCCAUGAAGAUAUUUUGUAAACUUCCAACUGUAAACAUAUCGAAAACUUAAUUAUUUUUUAAUAUAUUUCGAUUUUUUACACCCUCAGAUGCCAGAUUUUCAAAUACUCAAAUAUUGUCCUAUCCUGACAAACAAUCAAACAAGCAUCAAUGGAAAGUUUAUUCAUUCAACUUCAUAUUAUGUAUAAAUCUCAAUGAAAAAUAAAAAAUAAACUCCUAUGUCUGGUUUUGUGGUAAAGGGUCACGUUUCUUAUGCAAAAAAAAAUAUAUUUAUACUGUAACAUGUUGAAAAUAAGCCAUAUUUCUGUAACAUCGUUAAGAAAAAUGGGAAUUAAAAAAAGGUUCUAUAGACAUGGGACAUGUUUAAUUGUUAUGAAAUCAAAUAAUGCAAAAGUUUAAUCGCCCUAAAAAUGGGCUUUGUUUAUUUUGUGCAAAAUAUCUUUUUCAAAUUUGUUUCCUUUUGAUUUAUGUUAACUAUAUGACACUACUAUGUGAAUAGUUCAAUCCUGUUGGUUGAAAUACUCUAUUUAUAUGUAACAAUGCUACCAUAAUUAGUUCAUAGUUAUGUACAGUAUAGUAAAUACUGAUGUAACUUAUGAAACCAAACCCUUUUGCCUGUAUUUUACAGUAACAGCAUUAAUACUGUUAUAACAUGGCAUAGAUACCAUAUAUACUGUUUGCACUGAAAAUAUAUUCACUGAUAUUAUUUGCUUCCAGGAUUGACCACUAAUGCAAAACAAUAUAAAUAUGGUCACAGAUACACAUUCCAAUAUAUGCAUGUUUUUACAGCAUCAGCCGCAUUAUCAGCCACAUUAAAUGUUGAAAGCAGUAACUUGGGGCAGCUAAGUGGCGAUAUACAUUACCUCCAUGAUAAAUCAUUUGCACACAUGUACUGAGUGCUAUCGCUCUAAUUCAAAGGCAUAUGCCGCAGGCUGAUGCAUUGCAUGUUAUCCAUGAGGAAAUUGUUUCUUCCUGCGUAAUUGUCCCUGCACAUCAGAUUCUAGGAAAUGUCUUCUCAUUUUGUCUUAAUUCAGUCCACUCAAGCAACAGUAGAAGCUCAGCACUGAUUUUAUUUAUGGUGCAUUGCACCACGGCAAUCAACAUGCUAAUUAAAUGUGCAAUUAAAUUAUUCUUCAAUUGAUUUAUGUCUGCAGAGGAUUUAUAGUAAAAAAGAACUGUGAGAGGAAGAGACAGACGGAAGAGAAGAUGAGGGAGAAAAACUGGAAUGAUCUCGCAUAAUAGACCAAUUAGUGGCCAAACCCUGGAUGACCCUUUAUUGUUGUCAUUGCUAACACAGCCCAUUGUUUAUCACGCAACUAAUUCUACAGUACCAGGAUGAAACAGUUCACAAAACUAAAAAAAAAAUAAAGGUUUAUGUACCAAGGAA